AUGAAAUGUCCACCACAGGUCUGCCCACUGCAACUUGAGGACACCGACAUCUAUCAAUUCUUCACUGCGGCUUGUGUAACUGCCGAUCUGCCGGGCGAGGAGAACGUCAAGGUUGGCUUCACUACCCAGCCCACAGAAAUUGCCAGACGGCAUCCAGAUAAGUGUUUGGUCAUCAAACAGGGUGAGGUGAAGACCACCAAGGAUCUGUUCGAGGCAGGUCCCGAAGCAGAGCACCCCCACUAA